UGUGUCCCAUCUUACCCCAUUCGACAAUAUGAUAUAGGUAAUACUGGUCUUGUUUUUAUUUUAUUUUUUAUUUGGGAGCAAACACUGAAUAUUUUCAGAAUUAUAACCGUAACCCCGCUACUAUGAAGUAGCAUUGUUAAUUUUAAAAAUACGAUUAAGAAAUAUCAGACUCAAGUGAUUGCGGUAUCCCAUCUUACCCAUAGUACAAUAUGUUUAUUAUAAACUGUUUAAAUGAUUUUUACAGAUAAUAGGAAUUAGUUGUAAAUUAAAAGCAAUGUCUAGUUUACAAUACUACAUGCAAGGAAACAUAAACACAACAGUUCAAAUACAAGGAGAACGGUUGGCGUCCGUUAUAUUUUCAUCUGUAGCGACUGCUAUGGUAACGUAUGUGUUGUUUGCUACGAUAUAUUUUACUGCAACGAGGAAAACUCACCCGCAAGGUAAAAUUGGACGAGCUUUGGAUAUAAUCAGUUUAUUUGCCAACACAGCGAUUCUCAUCAACGUAGCCAUGGACCUAUCACUAAUUACGUCACAUGUGGAGCCAUUUUGUACCAGAUACAGCAUGGUAAAGAUUCUUACAUACGGGCUUUCGAUACUCGCUGUGUAUUCCGCCCUUUGGAUGAAGGUUUACCGUUGCUUCUACCUAAACGCAGUCAUAAUUAACGUGUUGGGAGAAACGAUACGGACGUUUGUCGCUGUCACCUAUAUAUUCCUACUCAUUAUGGGGCUUAUCAGCACGUUUUUAUUUCUAUUUUUUUCUAAAUACGUAACCAAAGCUUUCGGCUGCGUAUCGUUGGAAACAGAAGCAGUUUUACGUCUUAAAUGGGCCGUAUUAAUCUCGGUUUCUGCCGUUGGCGAAGUUGCCCUUUUGUUUUACUUCAUAUAUCCAGUGUAUGUUCAUAAAAAACGCAUGAAGAAAAGCGGAAUCAGCACCGUUAUUGCAGGGGCCAUUAUUAAGCGUUCUAUCAUCGCCAUAUCCGUUUGUACUAUUACGAAUAUUAUGGGUUUUGCCGUAAAGUUCGCCUACAUUUCCCAAACCGCGUAUGUGUUUUUCCUAUACCAAUGCAUGACGCUUGUUAUACACUUGUUUGUGUUAGUUUUAUCCCAUCAAGACUGGAAAACAAGAUUGUUUCCUUGGAUUAAGAACCAACAGCCGAUUUCAUUGCGUUCUGUAACCUAGAUAUUUGUAUACUGUUGUUGCUGCCAGAAAUAUUUCAAUUGUUUUCUAAUUCA